AUGAGACUUUUAGAACCCCUUUUACAUAAUAUAAUAAAAGUCCCCAAUUGUAACAAGUUAUUGAACACCUUUGUAAGAAUUAAUUAUAUUUUUAAAAAAAUGAACAACCCCAAUUCUAAGGAAAAUGUGUUAGAGGAAGAAUUACAGAAGGCUAAAAUUUUAUGUAACGAAUUAGACGAAUUAAAAAUUAGCUAUAAGGAGGUAAAACAUGGAAAGGCUGAUUGUAUUCAGGAUUUAUUAGAUAUGAAUUUAGAAAAUUCGAAAAAUAUUAUAAAAAAUUUAUUUUUAAAAGAUAAGAAAAAAAAUUAUUUUUUUUUAUGUACAGUAAACUGGAAAGUAGUGGACUUGAAACAUUUAUCGAACAUGUUAAAUACAUCAAAUUUAAGAUUUGUUGAUGAAGGAAAUUUGAAAAGCAUGUUAAAUUUGCAACCAGGUUCUUUAACUCCUCUUGCAAUGAAAUAUGACAAAGACAACCUCGUAAAGCUUUAUUUUGAUGAAGAAAUGAAAAACAUGCAAGAAGUUAUUAUUCAUCCACUGCAUAAUUACAGCAGUUUAUAUAUGAAACUAGAAGAUGUAGUAAAAUUCUGUGAAUUGCAUAAUCAUUCUCCAGAGUAUGUUCACAUUAAGGAGGGAAAUGAUAAAAUAAAGAAAGAAGAUAUGAAAUUGGAAGAGGAUAAAAUGGAAAAGAAAAAAAGUAGUAGUAAUGGAGAAUCACGCAUAAAUGGAAAAGUAAACCCAAAUAAUGACGACAAGGGAAAGGAUAUCAACAUAUUGGGAAUUACAUCCAAAAAAACUGUAAACUUUUCAGAUUGGUAUACACAAGUAAUUGUAAAAAGUGAACUUAUAGAAUAUUAUGACAUCUCAGGUUGUUAUAUUUUACGACCAGCUUCCUAUUACAUAUGGGAAUGUGUACAAUCUUUUUUCAACAAAGAAAUAAAAAAACUAAAUGUCGAAAAUUCUUAUUUCCCCUUAUUUGUAACGAAAAAUAAAUUAGAGAAGGAAAAAAAUCAUAUUGAAGGUUUUAGCCCAGAAGUUGCAUGGGUAACGAAAUAUGGUGAUUCUACACUGCCAGAAGAAAUAGCCAUUAGACCAACAAGCGAAACUAUUAUGUAUUCUGUUUUUUCCAAAUGGAUAAGAUCUCAUAGAGAUUUGCCUCUUAAACUGAAUCAAUGGAACACUGUCGUUCGAUGGGAAUUUAAACAACCAACUCCAUUCAUCAGAACAAGAGAAUUUUUAUGGCAAGAAGGACAUACAGCACAUAAAAAUGAAGAAGAAGCUGUCAAAAUGGUUUUUGAUAUACUAGAUUUGUACAGAAGGUGGUAUGAGGAAUGUUUAGCUGUACCAAUUAUUAAAGGAAUAAAAAGUGAAGGGGAAAAAUUUGGAGGAGCUAAUUUUACAUCAACUGCAGAAGCUUUUAUAAGUGAGAAUGGACGAGCGAUACAAGCAGCUACUUCACAUUAUCUUGGUACGAAUUUUGCAAAAAUGUUUAAAAUUGAAUUUGAAGAUGAAAAUGAAGAGAAGCAAUAUGCUCAUCAAACCUCCUGGGGAUGCACUACGAGAUCCAUAGGAAUUAUGAUUAUGACUCAUGGAGAUGAUAAAGGAUUAGUUUUACCACCGAAAGUUGCAAAAUUUAAAGUUGUUAUUGUUCCAAUUUUAUAUAAAAACACAGAUGAAAAUGUUAUAUUUAACUAUUGUAAAGAUAUAGAAAAGGUUUUAAAAAAUGCACAAAUUAAUUGCAUUUUUGAUGACAGAGAUUUAUAUUCUCCAGGGUAUAAAUUUAAUCAUUGGGAAUUAAGAGGAGUACCCAUAAGAAUAGAAGUAGGACCAAAAGAUAUUCAAAAUAAUUCCUGCCUUCUUGUAAGAAGGGAUUCUAAUGAAAAAUUCAAUGUGAAGAAAGAAUCCGUUUUGUUAGAAACACAACAAAUGCUUGUUGAUAUUCAUAAGCAUCUUUUCCUAAAAGCAAAAAAGAAAUUAGAUGAAUCCAUCGUUCAAGUAACAACCUUUGGAGAAGUUAUGGAUGCUCUAAAUAAAAAGAAAAUGGUUCUAGCUCCAUGGUGUGAGGAUAUAUCAACAGAAGAAGAAAUAAAAAAAGAAACACAAAGAUUAUCGCAAAACCAAGGAAAUACUGAAACGUCACUAUCAGGCUCCAUGAAACCUUUGUGUAUUCCAUUAGAUCAACCCCCACUUCCUCCAAGUACAAAAUGUUUUUGGUCAGGAAAACCUGCCAAGAGAUGGUGCUUAUUUGGUAGAAGUUACUGA